GUGCUGGCAGAUAAACGCCUGGACAAAAGGGACAGGAAAACUGAACAUGGGAAACGAACUCGAACGUGCAGCGCGGGAGGCCGUCGAAGAACUAGGAGAGGGGCUAAAAGGGGAGGCGGGUGAUUUGAAAGGUCCUCAAGAUUUCAGAGAAAUGAAAAGGAAUUUAAAUGAUCAAAAAGCCAUGAAAAAAGAUAAAGUUAACUUUGUGAAAAAUAUGCUAGAUCCUUCAUUGCAAUUUUCUUUGCUCGGCGACCAAGACUUGUACAGACUUCUUCUUGAAAAGGUGGAGUCGAUCGACGGCACAAUACCUGACUUGGACACCACGCCCCUCAUGGUGUGCGCCGCGAUGGGACGAAAGGAUCUCGUGAAAAAACUUUUGGACGAAGGGGCAAAUGCAGAUGCAAGGUCAAGUUCCGGACAGACCGCACUGCACCUGGCGGCGGCUUCAGGCAGGGAGGACAUUGUAGAAAUCAUCGCCAGCAAAGUCUCGGACAUUAACGUAGAAACGUAUGAUGGAAUUAACGCUCUUCAGUUUGCUAUUUUCUACAAUCAUGAAGGCGUCGUGCGAGACCUGCUGGACCGUGGGGCGGUGGUGACAAACAAGGAUAAAGACGGGGAUGAUGCGCUGAUCCUGGCUGCGAAUGAAGAAGGCGGUGGGCUACUGAAGCUACUGAUAAGAAAGGGAGCCGAUGUCAACACCAAGGACAUACGACAAUGGACACCGCUGAUGGCUUGUGCACAGAAUGAUAACUAUGAAGGCGCAGAAGCUCUCAUUGAAAAGGGUGCCGACGUCAAUGCUGAACAGAUAAGUGGCGGAACUGCCCUCGACAUAGCUGCAGGUCAUGGGAAUCUGAACACGUUAAAGGUUUUACUAAAGUGCGGAGCGGAAGUUGACCACACUGAUAAAAUGGGACAUACGGCGUUGAUAGUUGCCACGGCAACGGGGCAAGUUCUAUCGGUGCAAAAGCUGAUCAAACACGGAGCGUCUGUGAACAUGGCAGGCAAAGAUGGAAGGACACCACUUUUUAUCAGUGCUCUUGUAGGGAACUCAACGAUCGUCGAAUGCCUUUUAAAAGAGGGGGCUGACCCCAAUAUAACUGACACUGAUGGAGAUACGCCCUUGAUGUGCGCUGCUCAAAAUGGCCACGAACAUGUGGUUGAACUAUUGCUGGCAGCCGGUGCUAACGACUUGCAGGUUAGCUUAGAAAACAACACGGCCUUGACCUUUGCCGUGAUGCACGGCCGGAAACGCGUCGUGAAACUGCUUUUGUCCAACCAAGAGAAACCCUAUCCUAGGGUUAACAUGCGAGGAAAACACGGCAUCACACUUUUACAUCUCGCGGCGUUUAAUGGGAACACAGAAAUAUUGCAUCAGCUGUUAGAGGCUGGGGCUGUUGUGAAUGCACUUGGCCCAGGAGGUCAAACUGCCCUCUGUCCAAGUGCCUUUAAUGGUCACGUGGACGCUUCAUUGUAUCUGAUUGGCAGAGGAGUUGACGUGAAGGCGUGCGAUAAUGAUGGUGACACCCCCUUGCAUCUAGCUUCAUUUAAAGGGGACAUUAGCAUCGUUAGGGCUUUGCUAGAGAAAGAGGCUGAGGUGAAUGUGUGUAACGUCAAGGGUAGGACACCUUUGAUCCAUGCUUCCUACGGUGGCCAUGGCGAUGUAGUGCAAUGUCUUUUGAAAGCUGGAGCGAACGUGGACGCCGUAGAUAUGAAAGGUUGGGACUCGCUCAUGGUGGCCUCUCAGUUCGGACAUACAAACACGGCUCUGAUACUUCUUGACCAUAUGGGUAACCCCAAUACUCGAGCAAGGGCUGGGGUUACCGCCCUUACUAUAAGUGCUGGGCAUGGUUAUGCUGACAUCCUGGAAGCUUUAAUCAAGCGUGGUGCUUCGGUCAACGAAAAAGACAAAGAUGGCGGAUCCCCUCUAUUUGUGGCUUCUUUAAAAGGGCGUGCGAGAAACGUUCGAAUUCUUUUAUCAAAAGGGGCUGUGGUCAACAGCGAGACUUGCAAAGGCCAAACUCCUCUCCAUGUGAGCAUACAUGAGGGGCAUGCCGAGGUUGUUGAUCUCUUACUGCAAGCACAUGCGGUUGUCAACAAACGUGAUGCGGACGGGGAUUUCCCGCUUCACAUGGCGGCCUUGAAAGGCAACUAUCUCAUCACCAAAGCUCUGAUUGAUAGGAAGGCUGACAUCUCUGUUGUGAACAACAAGGGAAUGACGGUCUUGAUGAUGGCAGCCCACAACGGGGAUUCUCAGACUGUCACUCUUUUAAUUGACAGUGGAGCUAGCGUAAAUCAGUGUGGGGAGGGUGGCUGGACUCCUCUCAUGUUCUGUACGCAGUAUGGCAAAACAGAGUGCAUGAAAUUAUUGCUGGAGAAAGGGGCCAAAACCACACCAAGUGAUACAAAGGGAGUCUCUGCCAUUCAUAUCUGCUCAGCUAACGGCCAUAAGGAUGCCGUUCGUUUGCUUUUAGAAUACAACGCUGAUGCAACAGUACAGAACAAUGUGGGUUAUACACCUUUAAUGUUGAGCUCUAACAACGGGUACACAGAGAUUGUGUUGUAUCUUCUCCAAGAUGAUGGAGCUAAAAAUACAUUAGAGCUCAGAGAACAUGAGAAAGGAGACACUGUUCUCAUCAUCGCAGCAAGAAGAGGUCGAACAGAAAUAGUAAAAAAUCUCAUCAAGGCCAAGUGUGAUGUGAAUGCCACGAACAAAAAUGGGGACACAGCCCUAAAUAUCAGUGCAUCUUUGGGACAUAAGAGCAUUGUGGAUGAUCUACUGGAAGCAAAGGCGGAUAUUGAGAAGGCCAACUCUAACGGUGACACGCCGCUGUUGUCUGCUUCUACCUUAGGACAUCACCUGGUCAUUCAAACACUGUUAAAAUCUAGGUCAGAUAUUAAUAGAAAGGAUAAGAACGGGAAGACAGCCCUUGUUUUGAGUGCAGAAAAUGGACAUCGCCAGGCUGUGAGGACUCUUCUAGAGGUCAAGGACGCACACAGCAAUGAGGUUAUUCAACAAGCCAUGGCUGCAGCCUUUCAACGCAGACACUCAGAUAUCGUCGAGAUGAUUGAAAAACAGACUGGACAAAAACUGGAAGCAGGUAGGACCCUAAUUAUUUCUUAACAUGUAUUAUGAUUUAUAAAAGAAUUUAAAAAAAAUAUAUAUACGAUUUUUAAAAUGGCGUAAAAUGUCUUUUCUGUUCAUUGAAUUAAUGAAUAAUUCUCAAGUGAAUCCUUGAACUUAGAUGUUCUGAAAAUAAGGUAUACAUCUAUUGAAUGAUAAGAAAGUUUGACAUGGACGAAACGCACCAGAAAUGUUAGAGUUACAUUCCUGGGCGUAUCAUUUAGUACAAUCACAUUUUGUAAACACCUAACAUGUAAAUACUGAGUGUUCAAAAAUAAAGACAAUAUUUUAUAUGUUCGUCAUUCCUUUUUGUUUCUAGAAUCCCAUGCCCUGACUUUGUCUCUUCUGGAGUCCCAUGCCUUGUCUUUGUUUAUUCUAGAAUCCUAUGCCCUGACUUUGUCUCUUCUGGAGUCCCAUGCCUUGUCUUUGUUUAUUCUAGAAUCCUAUGCCCUGACUUUGUCUCUUCUAGAGUCCCAUGCCUUGUCUUUUUUUAUUCUAGAAUCCUAUGCCCUGACUUUGUUUGUUUCUAGAAUCCCAUGUCCUGACUUUGUUUGUCCCUUUCCAAGCUCUGCUGUUGUUUUUUUCAUAGUAUACCAUGCCCUGACUCUGUUUCCUCUCUAGAAUCCCAUGCCCUGACUAUGUUUCCUCUCUAGAAUACCAUGCCCUGACUCUGUUUCCUCUUUAGAAUACCAUGCCCUGACUCUGUUUCCUCUCUAGAAUCCCAUGCCCUGACUCUGUUUCCUCUUUAGAAUACCAUGCCCAGACUCUGUUUCCUCUCUAGAAUCCCAUGCCCUGACUCUGUUUCCUCACUAGAAUCCCAUGCCCUGACUCUGUUUCCUCUCUAGAAUACCAUGCCCUGACUCUGUUUCCUCUCUAGAAUCCCAUGAACUGACUCUGUUUCCUCUCUAGAAUCCCUUGUCAUGACUUAGUUUUUUCCUAGAUUCCCAUGCUCUGACUCUGUUUCCUCUCUAGAAUCCCAUGCCCUGACUCUGUUUCCUCUCUAGAAUCUCAUGCCCUGACUCUGUUUCCUCUCUAGAAUACCAUGCCCUGACUUUGUUUUUUCCUAGAUUCCCAUGCUCUGACUGCGGGUUUGAAAGAAGAAGUUAACCCGAGACCAUUAACAACAAGUUUGUUUGACAGCGUUCUCCAGAACAAAGGGUAAACCAUUUGUGUCUCUGUCUACAGUUGUGACGUGUCCAUGUCAAGAAUAUGUUGUAAUGACUUCAAACUUGGCAUAAGUGUUGUUCGAUUAGGCUCAACCAGUGGCGGACGACCGGGGGGGGGGGUCCACACCAGGGGCAGUUUAAAAAAAAUAUAUAUUUUUUACAGAUAGGUGGGAUUUACGACCAGCUGCAGAGUUGGCUUUUUCAUGGAACUGGAACGGCAUAGAUAAAGAACUUUGAGAUUCAUUGCGAGUCUCAUGCCUUGCUGCCAGGGUUCAUCUGUGGGGUUUGCCUGGCAGUCAAUGGUACCAGUAUCUGGUGGUAGUCGGAUCUCUAGGAGGCUGGCAACGUAAGCGUUGAGUCCGGCGCGUUCCUUGUCCCAAACGGCAGUCUGUCUCGCGGCGUCGUCAGUCGGUUUUAGGUCCGCUUCAAAUCCAGGACGAACGGUUCUUACUUGCCAUGUUGCGAAACAUGAUCUCUGUGUUACCGACAGCGACUGCUGGAGUUGUGCUGCUCCCAUGAUCUCUUUGUUACCGACAGCGACUGCUGGAGUUGUGCUGCUCCCAUGAUCUCUGUGUUACCGACACCGUUUUCAAGUGCAAAAAAACAACAACAAAAAAACAAACAAACAAAAAAACCAUGAGGUUUCAUGGCGACACCUACAUUCCCGUCACUAGCAUCAACCAGACCUCGUCAUCACCCGAUGCGUGGAGCUGGCCAAUGCACCUCCCACCCGCAGCUAUCAUAGUGCUGACUGUGACACGCACCUUUCUCUCGUGGCAAGCACAAUUCGAUUAAUGAAAGCAAAGUACAUUGCAUGAUGCUAAGAAAGCAAAGUACAUUGCAUGAUGCUAAGAAAGCAAAGUACAUUGCAUGAUGCUAAGAAAGGUUUCAUGUAACGUACUACGAUUCUUUCGUUUCAUGUAUGCAUGAUGCUAAGAAAGCAAAGUACAUUGCAUGAUGCUAAGAAAGCAAAGUACAUUGCAUGAUGCUAAGAAAGCAAAGUACAUUGCAUUAUGCUAAGAAAGCAAAGUACAUUGCAUGAUGCUAAGAAGAAGUUUUAAUAUUCACUGCUCAAGCAACCCAUAAAAUGAACAUCAAAUGAACGGAAAUGAUUUGAUUAAAGAUUCCUGUCUUAUUACCAGGAUUUGAUGAAAUGGUAUUUUAGAAACUGAAUUUGAAACCACCGUGCCUGAAUUUUAUUUUUGUAGCUUCUUUUAUUGACGGUGUCGGCUCCGUCUAAUAGAAUGCACACGAUUCAUUGGCCGUAGAGAUUACGCUGGCGUAUCCAGUGGUGUGUCGCCCGACAAGCAACAUCCGGUUUGGUGCUUUAAAAAUAAAAAAGAACUAUUUGUUUAUUAGCAUUGUUAUUUUGAUAUUUUUUUAAACGUUUGGUAAAAUUGUCCAUAAUUAUGAACCUAUUAGUCCGGGCUGGAUCAAACCGCCUCUAGCACGCCGCUGGGUCUCUCACGAGAUGGGUGUGGACGGUACUUCGCAAUCACGCCCAUCUGGGACGGUACUUCACAAUCACGCCCAUCUGGGACGGUACUCCACAAUCACGCCCGAUUGGGACGGUACUCCACAAUCACGCCCGCCUGGGACGGUACUCCACAAUCACACCCCCUGGGACGGUACUCCACAAUCACGCCCGUCUGGGACGGUACUCCACAAUCACGCCCGUCUGAAACGGUACUCCACAAUCACUCUCCACAAUCACAUCCAUCUGGGACGGUACUCCACAAUCACGCCCCUCUAGGACGGUACUCCACAAUCACGCCCGUCUGGGACGGUACUCCACAAUCACGCCCGUUUGGGACGGUACUCCACAAUCACGCCCGUCUGGGACGGUACUCCACAAUCACGCCCCUCUGGGACGGUACUCCACAAUCACGCCCCUCUGGGACGGUACUCCACAAUCACGCCCCUCUGGGACGGUACUCCACAAUCACGCCCCUCUGGGACGCUACUCCACAAUCACGCCCCUCUGGGACGGUACUCCACAAUCACGCCCAUCUGGGACGGUACUCCACAAUCACGCCCCUCUGGGACGGUACUCCACAAUCAUGCCCGUUUGGGACGUACGGUUUGUUUGUUUUUUGCUCGAAACACUGCAACUAUGCUCAGUUCAAUUUUGGUCAAAUUUUGGUCAAACUUCUUUUUCAUUGCACUGUGUUGUAACACAAAAUGGUGCGUUCAGAAAAAGGAAUAGGACCAAAAUUUGAGGAAAAUCUGACCGUGUGAACUGAGCAUUAAACUGAGACUUUACAAAAAAAGGAGAGAAAAAAUAGUUUUGAAGGUAUUUUUUGGUUAGGUUUAUUGUGACGUGUCUGAACUGUUCCCCUCUCAUAUCACCUGCCACGUGCAUCCUUAGGGAAUCGUUGGCACCACCAAGUGGGGAUGAGCGCAUCGAGAGGCACAUUGUAGGCACGUCGAGUAAGACUUUUAACACGACAGAAACUCAAGAGUCGGACUCUCAAAGACACAUCAUCAACAAGUAAGUUGGUCACAAUGGAAUAUUAAAAAGAAAAUACGGUAAUUAUUAGUAUUAUUAUUAUUUAGGCAUUUUUUGUAUAGCGCUCACCUUACAGCUCUAAGCGCUUUACAAUUAUUAAAAAUAUGUAAACUAUUGAUACUGCUAAAGCAAAAUAAAAAUUAAAAGCGAACAAGAAAAAAAGAAGCAGUACAAUGGACGUAUGGGCAGAAAGGGGUCCUCAAACUACGACCGGCGAGCCAGACCCCGGCACGCAAGAGCUUCUUAGCCUGCCCCACCAAAUAUAGAAAAUCUCAUCAGCCAAAUGCAGUCUCGUACUUCUAAUGAAAUAAAAAUAAGUUUAAGCUGAUUAAAAUUGUUCUUCAUUUUAACUAAUUUUCCCCCUUACUGUUAAAAACAAAAUACAAAAAAAGAUAUGUUCAGCUGGCAUAUUUUUUUCAAACUAAAGUCUUGCCCCGGCGCUGUCCUUGCCCCGUCGCUGCCCUUACCCCGGCGCUGCCCUUGCCCCGUCGCUGCCCUUCCCCGUCGCUGCCCUUACCCCGGCGCUGCCCUUGCCCCGGCGCUGCCCUUGCCCCGUCGCUGCCCUUGCCCCGGCUUAAAGUCUUGCCCCGGCGCUGUCCUUGCCCCGUCGCUGCCCUUACCCCGGCGCUGCCCUUGCCCCGUCGCUGCCCUUCCCCGUCGCUGCCCUUACCCCGGCGCUGCCCUUGCCCCGGAGCUGCCCUUGCCCCGUCGCUGCCCUUACCCCGGCGCUGCCCUUGCCCCGGCGCUGCCCUUGCCCCGGCGCUGCCCUUGCCCCGGCGCUGCCCUUUCCCCGGCGCUGCCUGGGGGAUAGUGAACCGAUAUCCAUGUUUUAACAAAAAAAAUUAAGCGCCCCUGCUUUAGCCUAUUUAAUUAAGCAGCAGUAAUUUUGUGGGGACAACCCUCAGCCACGGAAGUCGAAAGACAGUUGCUAGAGUGCCAUGGAACAACAUCAACAACAAAACCAACAACCCAGCUUGCUGUGGGGAUAGAACUGAAAUAGACGUAGUCUUACUGAUAAAGAUGCACUUCUCAGAUUGAAUGCAUCAUUGAAAAUACUGCACAUAUGGCUUGCAGGACCAUGUCCACUUGAUCAGACAGUAACCUUGUUUGCAUUUUGGCACAGAAAGUUGCGAUCCUUUAGUUGAUAAAUUUAAUCACAUUAAUCAAACUACAACUUUGUUCAAAAAUAAUUUCUAAUUGCUAUAAAAAUAUUGUUUUUCCCCUUCCAAUUUCAGAUAUUUUUCCAUUUACAAUGCAGAUAAAGUAAUUAUUGGAGACAGAGGUCUAAUCACUGGCCAGUAUGCAUCGGACUAA